UAUUGGCACGUUUUCCAUGCCACACAACACCGUCGAGACUGUUGAGUUUAAAAAAAUCGUGUAUUAUAUCUGAUAAUUUAUCGUUGAAAAAACUAUUUCAAAACAUGGCGGAGGAACCAACAAUGGAUGCAGAAACAGAUGAUCGCUUCUCCGUGAUUACGCACGACCCUCGAUUUAGAAAGAUCUCCCAGAACAGCCGCAAGGUCAAAAUUGACAAGCGCUUCCAAGGCAUGUUCAAGGACAAAAGCUUCAAACUCAAAUACAGCGUGGACAAGAGAGGGCGACCCGUUCGACUGACAUCGGACGAGAACUUGCGGAGGUUUUAUGAUUUGUCAAGCUCAUCAGACUCUGAGGAUGAGAAGGACGGAGAAGAUGGUAAAGAUGCGGAUCCAUCAUCGGAAGAUGAACCUGAAGUCCAAACGAGUUUGCAGAAAAAAAAGAAGAGACUCUCCGGAAAACAAAGACUUAAGGAGGAACUUAUAAAGAGGAAGGAGAAGAAGAGAAACAAUGAAGGAGCGACUCCUAAGGAAAGGAAGACACUUUCUCUAAGACAACCUGCUGCAGAUGAUUCUGAAGAUGAUAGCAGUGAUCAUGACCAAGAUACUAGCGAUUUGGACAUCAAUGGUCCCUCUGCACCCCUUCCAAGCAAUCGGAAAGCUCACUCAAUCCCCCAAGCCAUGGAUCUUGCCAGAGGUCAAGGCAACCAAGACAGUUCCUCAGACUCCGACUCCGACUCGGACUACGGAGGCAGUGACAGCGACGGGGAGGGCAGCGAGGCGGAAGUCAAGUGGGGAGAGCUGGACAAAGAAGCCCCACGGAGUAGCGAUGAGUCUUCGCGCCUUGCCCUGUGUAACAUGGAUUGGGAUCGAGUGACAGCCAGUGAUCUGCUUGUGUUAUUUAAUUCUUUUAAGCCUACCGGGGGUGUGGUGCACUCAGUCAAGAUAUGUCCAUCUGACUUCGGUUUGGAGAAGAUGAGAGAAGAGGAUGCGAAGGGUCCGUUGGAGUUCACAGACGCAGACAACGGAGAAAUGAAUCCCACCACAGAGGAAGAUCAUAAGCUGCAAAUGAAGCUCAGGAAAUAUCAGCUGCAGAGGCUAAAGUACUACUUUGCAGUGAUCGAGUGUGACAGUGUGGCAACGGCCUCUACAGUGUACGGGCACUGCGAUGGAAUGGAGUACCUGAGUAGCUCAACCAGACUAGACCUCCGAUUUAUUCCAGACAGCGUGACCUUUGAGAAGGAGCCAAAGGAUGUUGCUACCGACAUGCCGGAUGCCUCCCUGUACAAACCCAUUGAGUUCCGCACCUCAGCGCUGCAUCAGUCCAGGGUGGAGUUGACGUGGGAUGAGACGAACCAUCAUCGGACGGUCAAGACGGCCGAGGCCUUCAAGAAGAAGAGCAUCGAGGAGAUGGACGUCAGCGCCUUCUUGGCGUCCUCUAGCGAUGACAACGAAGAAGAGGGUGAUAAUUGGGAGUUCGAUUUUGAGGAAAAGAAAGAACCAGAACAAAAUCGGGAGACGAAAGAGCACGUCAAAAAGCCCUUAAGUGAAGAUCAGCAGAUUGCUAAAUACCGAGCCCUCCUGAAAGAUGUAGACAAGGGUCAGCAGCAGACGGACAGGGAUAAACAAAUGGAGAUGGAGAUCACUUGGGAACCGGGCUUGAAAGAUGCAACUGAGGAACUUGUCAAGAAGAAAUCUGAAAAGUCUUCGGAGUCCACGCCUUGGGAGAAUUUCCUUGAGAAGAAGAAGGACAAGAAAAAGAAACUAAAGGGGCUGAAGAAACAGCAAUUGAACGAAGCAAAGGAGCACUCCGAUGGCGCCUUUAGUGACGAUGAACUUCCUACCGGAGUAGACCUCAAUGAUCCGUUCUUCAAAGAUGCUCUGAGAGAAGAUGGGGUUGAAGGUAUCAAGAAGAAAAGUAAGAAGACAAAAGGCAAGAAACAAGAGGCAGAGAUCGAUGAUGAAGAACGAGAAAGGAUCAAACAGAAGCAGUUGGAGCUUGAACUACUGUUUAUGGACGACGAAGACGGCAAGAAACAUUUCAACCUGAAGGCCAUCAUGGAGAACGAGCAGAACCAAGGCAAGAAGAUGUCGAGGAAGAAAAAGAGGAAACUCCAACAGGAGGAGACAGCCAAGUUUGAGGACGACUUUGAAAUCGACGUGAAGGAUCAACGCUUUCAGGCGAUGUUCUCAUCUCACCUGUAUGCAAUGGAUCCGUCCGAUCCCCAGUUUAAGAAGACCAAAGCGACAGAGGCUCUCCAGGCCGAGCGACAGGUUCAACGAAAGAAGGAAGAUCAGAGAAGAUUGGACACUGCAAGAAAGGUCUCUACCGUCACAUCAAAGACAGUGCCCGAUGCCACACCCAAGGCUUCAUCCCAGAGUGAUGUCUCAAAACAGAGUAGCAGAGGGGCGGAACUUUCAAUGCUUGUCAAGUCUGUUAAGAACAAAACAAACCAGUUCAAGGCACAGAAGUUAAAACGUCAGAAAGUCCACUGAAAAUUGAACUAUACAAACAGAUGGUAUUUAAGUUACCAUGCUCAAGCCACACCCGAGGGCCACACCCUGGAACCACACCUUAGAGCCACACCCAGGAUGAUUUUGCAGAGUAAUCCGACAUUAAGAGCAACUAUAAAUAUAAAUGUUAAUAGUGAACUUGCGGGUACAACCAUGGGUCAAAAAACUCUUUUGAAG